UGAUUGGGCUUUCUCCCACCCCAAAUCUGUCUGAAAACUGUGCGCCUGGACCCCAUCACGAUGAGAGUUGUCCCGAUUCUGUUCUUACUCUGCUGCUCCUCGCUGGGACCACUCAAGGUUGCAGGAGAUGAGGAGGAUUACGGAGAAGAAAUUGUCCUCUCCCUUGCAAUGGAAGAAGAAGACCAAACGGAACCAGAAAAGGUGUCUUCUCCUGGAGCUUUCCACUGGAGUAAUAAGGACUCCUGGAGACUUUCCGGUCAGUACGUUGUGGUGUUGAAAGCAAAUGUCCAUAAGUCUCAGACCGAAAGAGUCAUUCGGCGGUUACAGACAAGAGCAGCAAAACAUGGCUACCUGACUAAGAUUGUCCAUGUCUUCCAUGAACUUUUCCGAGGGUUCGUGGUCAAGAUGAGCAGUGAUAUGUUAGAGAUGGCGCUGAAGUUGCCCCACGUGGAUUAUAUCGAGGAGGAUUCGUACGUAUUUGCCCAGAGCAUUCCGUGGAACCUGGACAGAAUUAUUCCAGCCCAGCACGUGGCCAGCCACUUUAAUCCUCCCAACACGGGGGAUUUGGUAGAAGUUUACUUGUUGGAUACCAGCGUCCAUAGCGAUCACAGAGAAAUAGAAGGGAAGGUCCUUGUGACAGACUUCGAGAAUGUUCCAGAGGAAGACGGAACCCGGUUCUUGAGACAGGCCAGUAAGUGUGAGAGCCAUGGCACUCACAUGGCCGGCGUGCUGAGUGGGAGAGACGCUGGGGUGGCCAAAGGAGUGAAUCUUCGCAGCCUCCGAGUGUUAAAUUGUCAAGGAAAAGGAACAAUAAUUGGAAGUCUGACUGCGCUGGAGUAUAUCAGGAAAACGUUGAUGGAGCAGCCAUACAGUCCCUUGAUUGUACUCAUCCCGUUUGUUGGAGGAUAUAGCAGAACUCUUAACGCAGCCAGUCGGACGUUGGUAAAAUCAGGCGUAGUCAUUAUUGCUGCAGCUGGAAAUUACAAAGAUGAUGCCUGUUUGUAUUCACCUGCGUCAGAACCCGAGGUUAUCACUGUUGGAGCCACUAACUACCAGGACCAACCUGUGACUAUGGGCACGCUUGGGACCAAUUUUGGGAAUUGUAUAGACAUAUUUGCUCCAGGUGAUGACAUCAUUGGGGCAUCCAGUGACUGCACCACUUGCUUUACAUCACAAAGUGGAACGUCACAGGCGGCAGCACAUGUGGCAGGUAUUGCAGCAAUGAUACUGAACAGCAAACCGGAUCUCACUGUAUCAGAACUAAGGCAAAGGCUGAUACAUUUCUCCACUAAAAAGGUCAUCAAUGAAGUUUGGUUUCCAGAAGAUCAGAGACUGAUUACUCCGAAUCGAGUUGCAGGACUCCCCUCCAAACUGGUUUCAGAGGAGGAACUUUUUUGCCGCACAGUUUGGUCAAAACAAUCAGGAUUUGCUCGUACGGCAAAAACCUCCGUGCAGUGCAGCGGGAAUGAGGAGAUGUUCAGCUGCUCAAGUUUUUCAAGAAACGGGAAACACAAAGGAGAACACAUAGAGGAUCAAGAUGGUAGGCAGACUUGCGUUGCACACAAUGCUUUCGGUGGGAAUGGAGUCUAUGCUAUCGCCAGAUGCUGUAUUUGGCCAAAGGCAACCUGUCACGUUAACGCAAGCACACCGGGCGACAAAGGCUCCUUCUCCACCGCCAGCUGUACGAGUGACGACCACAUCCUAACCGGCUGCAGUUCCCAUUCAUUAUCCAGACUUCACAGCGACUCGGUGAGGCCGGUGCAUACCCCUGGAGAAAAGCAUCCCACUUGUACUGGGAAAAGCGAGGUGACUUCUCAUGCGCGAUGCUGCCAUGCCCCGAGUAUCACGUGUAAGCUGAAGGAAUACUCUCCUGUGGGCUUUACAGACAAGGUGACGGUUUCGUGUGACGACGGCUGGACACUGACCGGCUGCAACGCCUUCUCCCGUUCUUCCAAAGCAAUGGGUGCUUAUUCGGUUGACAACACUUGUGUCGUUUCCAACACAAAAGGUGGCAAGGGGACAGCAGCCAUUGCAGUUUGUUGUCAGAACAAACACACUGAAAACAAUCUGAAUUCAAACUAUAGGUGAACAAAUUAGGCAAAUGUCCACAUGAUACAAGUCCAGGCGCGUGGAUUUACUCACAGCAUUAUGUAUAGAGAUUGGUAGAAAAAAAGUGCAAUCGGUGUUUUUCCACUAUGCUGCUGAGAUUUCCAGAAUCCAGGUUGUUGAUACGUAUGUGUAACUAACCCCAGUAUGAACAUGCGUGUAUUGUUCAUGUAGGUGCAUUUUGAUAUUUAAACAUACAGAAUAAUGUAGUUUUGUGCUUUUUCCUGCCAUUUAACUCUUUUUAAGGAAGUUUGGAAACACCUUGUUUUUUGUUUAAUGUAUAAUUAUAAUUUUCAACAAAAAAGUGAAGGAGAAAAAAAAUUGAAAUUAGGUAAAAUGACUUCACGUUUAGGAGUGAGUGCAAGAACGUCACAUUGUUUUUAUAGGAAUUACCGUUAUUUAGCACGAUGUUCCUCUGCUAGUUUUCCAUAAUUCCUCCUGGUCCCGGCCCAGCCCUCAUAUCUAAGGGCAUAUAAAAUUGUACCUUUAUUUUUGUACCCAAGAUAUAUUUAUUUUGGCUUUAUGAAAAAGCACAUUUGUACAGCAGUCACAUUUUCAAUAAAAUUAAUUACAAAAA